AUGCAGGAGAAGUACCUGCGCGACAAAUUCGAGCUGGAGGAACAGAUUGCUGAUGACGAGAGCAGCAAAUCAAGCGUCUUCAGUCGCAAGGAUAGGACCAAGGCUUGGUUGAAAAGCCAGCACGGCAUGAGUCACCGGGACGACAAAAGCGCGACACAGUUCUCGGAGUGGCCUAAUGCAGCGAACGAUUUGGCGGAACCGGAUCGUUUCCGGCCGCUAGCAAAUGUGACAGCCGAUCGACAGCAGUUAGAGACACGAUUCAUCCCAGAAGCGAUUCCGGAUCAUCAGAUCCGUGCCAACAGUGCUCAGGUCAGGAAUGUCCCUUCGGAACCCGUCGGAAACCACUUCGGAAGUGCGGCUAGAUCGAAUGCCAGCCUGGCGCCGUCUUUGCGAGGGAUUGAGCGCGCGGCGAUAGAAUUGAACCCAGGUUCCCACGGGGCGGGGCCGAACAGUGACCAAGUGGCGGCGAGACAAAUCUGGCCGAAGAAGCUACCUACCUUUUCGGGUGACCCGGAAGCGUGGCCUAUAUUUGUCCACAGCUUCGAGACAGCCAACAUUGCGUGCGGUUUCACGGACGUGGAAAAUAUAAUUCGCUUGCGAGAGUGCUUGCGCGGGCCAGCGCGAGAUGCCGUCGUUACGAAACUGAUGUUUCCCCAAAGCGUUAACGCGAUUAUGGAAACGCUGCGACGGUUGUACGGGAGACCAGAGUUGCUGGUGAAGAAUCUGCUGAUCAAGGUGCGUCGGGCAGAGGCACCGAAACCGGAACGAUUAGAAUCGCUGAUCAACUUUGGCCUGACCGUACAACAACUAUGCGAUCACCUGGAGGCCGCGAAUCUUAGCGGUCAUCUAUCCAACCCUACGCUGCUCGGUGAGUUAGUGGAGAAGCUGCCAGCGUCGAACAAGCUCGAGUGGGCACGAUUCAAGCGAGGAUAUGCUGAACCGACGCUCAAACACUUCGGAGUGUUCAUGGAAGAGCUAGUGUACGACGCCAGUGAAGUGACGUCCCCGGUCCAACAGAAAACAACGGUUGCGAGGGCCGAAAGGGACAAGCUGAAAGAGAGAGGACAUGUGUACGCCCACGAAGAGGUAGCCGAGGUGCAGAGACGCGAUGAGGAAAGGCAACCCUGUCCAAUAUGCGGUAAAACGGACCAUCGUGUGCGGAACUGUGAACGGUUUCAGCAGCUGGGAUUGGAAGCUCGCCUGAAAGCCGUCCAUCAUUGGAAGUUGUGCGAGGUUUGCCUGUUUGACCACGGCCAAUGGAGAUGUCGAUCUAGAAUCCGAUGCAACGUCGGGAACUGCCGAGACCGUCACCACCCACUCCUGCAUCGUACUGAGCGCGGUUCGAUACAGCGACAACUUCGAGCGUCGGAAUGCAACGCUCAUGAGCGGUCGCAAAGAUCUGUCCUGUUCAGGAUCAUACCGGUAAUGUUGUUCAACGGGAACCGCAGAUGUGAAACUUUCGCCUUUUUGGACGAAGGGUCUUCCUUGACGCUCAUCGAAGCAAGUUUAGCACGGCAGCUUGGAGCAGUUGGUGUCCCAGAACCGCUAGAGCUGAGAUGGACGUCGAGCGUGAAGAGGAAUGAAGAGAGUUCAAAGCGCGUGGAUUUCGAAAUUUCCGGAAAAGGACUGCCCCGUCGUUACGUGCUGAAGAACGCGCACACCGUUGAAGAGUUGAAUCUUCCGAAUCAGAGUUUGGCCUUCAACGAACUAUCCGAUCGAUUUCCACACCUCCGAAACCUCCCUAUUUCAACAUACUCCGAGGCCGUACCUAGAAUUCUUCUAGGUUUGGAAAACUUGAGCCUCUUCGCGCCCUUGGAUAGUUGCGUCGGCCGACCAGGUGAACCGAUCGCGGUAAAAUCGCUGCUGGGAUGGUCCGUCUAUGGCCCAGAUGGGAGCGCCCUAUCGAAAACCGGAUUCGUAAACCUUCACGAGUGCAACUGUGAUGAUGAUAGAGAAUUGAAUGACCUAGUUCGACAGCAGUUCAUUCUGGAGGACGCGCUGAUUGAGUCGACGCCUCCGCUUGAGUCCACUGAGGAGAAACGCGCCCGCGAAAUUUUGGAAAAUACCACAAAAUUCGUGGAUGGGAAAUACGAAACCGCUCUUCUUUGGAAAGCCGACGAUAUUCACCUACCCGAUAGCCUGCCCAUGGCAAUGAAACGUUUGCGGAGCUUCGAGGCCCAACUGGCGAAGGACCCGAAUCUUCGCGAAGGCGUGAAUCAGCAGAUAGUCGACUACGUGCAGAAAGGCUACGUGCAUAAGGCUACAGAGAAGGAGCUGGUAGAGAUCAGCAGAAGGCAAGUCUGGUAUCUACCGCUUGGCCUGGUUACGCACCCGAAAAAGCAAAAGAGAAGACUCGUGUGGGAUGGAAAAGCGCAAGUUGAUGGGGUUUCCCUCAACUCCCUACUGUUAAAAGGUCCCGACCUGCUAGUGUCGCUGGCUUCAGUGAUCUGCAAAUUUCACGAGAAGCGUGUUGCAUUUGGAGGUGAUAUCCGCGAAAUGUUUCUGCAGCUUCGUAUGCGGACAGCGGACAAAUAUUUCCAGUGUUUCCUGUUUCGCUCCGACUCGCGACACCCUGCAGAAGUCUACAUCGCAGACGUAGCGAUGUUUGGCGCCACUUGCUCGCCAUGCGUCGCGCAGCACGUCCUACGAGUCAACGCCGACAAGUGGGCGGACGAGUUCCCUUCGGCUGCGGCGGCAAUCAAGGACAAAACAUACAUGGAUGACUACUACGACAGCGCUAACACCCCCGAAGAAGCGGCAGAGCUGGCUGUUCAAGUUAGGACCAUCCACGCCCGUGGCGGGUUUGAAAUGAGGAACUGGGUGAGCAAUAGUGAAGAAGUGUUGGAGAAGCUCGGAGAACCCGGUGCUACGAGUCCACGUCUCCUACAGUCGACGUCCGAGGCAAAAUGGGAACGAGUUCUCGGAAUGCUGUGGCACCCAGAAUCGGACGCGCUAACGUUUUCAACCGAGCUUGGCGAACAACUUCUUCAGUACGUGUCCGGAGGAAAGCGGCCGACAAAGCGAAUCGCUCUGAGGAUCAUAAUGAGUCUGUUUGAUCCUCUUGGUCUCCUGGCACCGUACCUCAUACAUGGACGCAUCCUCAUUCAGGAUCUAUGGAGAAGUGGGGUGCAGUGGGACGAAGAGAUGAGAGAUGAAGAGUUCGAGAAGUGGACACACUGGGUGGAGUUGCUGCCUGGCAUAAGCGAGCUCAGUAUUCCACGUUGCUAUUUUGGGGAAGCGGAUCCUCUGUGCCAUAGAACGUUGCAGUGCCACGUGUUCACCGAUGCCAGUGAGGCUGGAUAUGGCUGCGCGGUAUACUUCCGGAUUAAGGACGACCUUGAACGUGUGCAGUGUUCGCUGGUUAUGGCGAAAAGUAAAGUCGCUCCCCUGAAACAUCUCUCUAUUCCGCGGUUGGAGUUGGAAGCGGCCCUACUAGGGGCAAGAAUGUUGACCACUGUUUUGAAGAACCACACCCUUCAACCUCGGGAGGUGUACCUCUGGACAGAUUCUUCCACGGUUCUCGCGUGGAUUCGCUCCGACCACAGGCGCUACAAACAAUUCGUCGCCCAUCGUAUCGGAGAAAUUCUGUCUCUGACCCAAGCUGAAUGCUGGCGGUGGGUCCCAUCUAAACACAACGUUGCCGACUGUUUGACGAAGUGGGUACGCGACUCGGAGCCUGAUUCAAAUGGAAGGUGGUUCCAGGGUCCAUCGUAUCUAUAUCUCGCCGAAGACAUGUGGCCACAGCAGCAAGUUAAGACGAAUACUUCUGAAGAAUUGCGAUCCGCCUACCUGCUUGCUCAUAUCGCACUUCCCGUGCGGAUGAUAGAUGUUGGUAGAUUUUCAAAGUGGAGUGUACUGUUACGAACCGUGGCGUGCAUUUACCGUUUCAUCAGAAACUGCCGAUUGCGCAUCGCUGGAAGCCCUAUAGAAACCAUCCAAGCUACAGAAAACCAAGCGAAGCUGUUGAAAUCAGAAGUGGCCGCCCGCAAGGUGCCAUUGACGCAGGAGGAGUUUCUACGAGCGGAGCAGUUUCUCUGGAGAAUGACGCAGGGUGAAUAUUAUCCGGACGAAGUUCGAACUCUGCUGAAGAACCGAGAACAACCGAUUGAAAAAUGGAUACCCAUUGAGACGAGCAGCCCACUCUAUAGAUUCUCACCAUUUGCCGAUGAAUUUGGCAUCCUACGAAUGGAAGGAAGAACAGCCGAUACCGUUUACGCUAGUUUCGACGCGAGGUAUCCGAUCAUUCUCCCCAAAGAUAGUGAGAUCACACUGCGCCUUCUAGAGCACUACCAUCGUGUUUAUGGUCACGCGAACAAAGAAACCGUCGUAAAUGAAGUUCGUCAACGGUUUCAGAUCGCACAUCUACGACCGGUUGUAGAUCGCAUUGCGCGCAGCUGUCAAUGUUGCAAAGUGAGCAAGUGCAAACCCCUUCCUCCUCGAAUGGCACCUCUGCCUGAGCAACGAUUGACGCCGAAUGUUCGACCUUUUAGUUUCGUCGGUAUCGACUACAUGGGACCACUGGAGGUAACCGUUGGUCGUCGUAAAGAGAAGAGAUUCGUAGCGGUGUUCACAUGUCUCGUUGUUCGAGCCGUGCACCUUGAAGUUUCGUACGACUUAUCUAGCGAAUCGUGCAUUAUGGCUAUCCGGCGAUUCACACGCAGAAGAGGGUCUCCUGUUGAAAUCUUUUCCGACAACGGGACCAACUUCGUUGGUGCCAGUCGAGAGUUGCAGAGACAAAUUGAGCGAAUUAACUUGGAUUGCGCUGGCACAUUCACUGAUGCCCGAACCAAAUGGUCGUUUAACCCCCCCUCUGCUCCACAUAUGGGCGGGGUAUGGGAGCGAAUGGUGAGGAGCGUCAAAGAAGCCAUGGUCGCGUUGGAUGAUGGACGAAAACUCACCGACGAAACUCCGUGGACUACACUAGUCGAAGUUGAAGGACUGAUAAAUUCGCGGCCGCUUACGUACAUGCCGCAAGAUUCCAGUAAUCCAGAAGCCUUAACACCCAACCAUUUGAUUUUUGGUUGUUCAUCUGGCGCUCACGAAGCUUUGGAACCGUCCGCAGAUCCUGGACAAGCUCUCCGAAGCAGCUUUCUACGAUCACAGCAACUAGCGGACUUUAUCUGGCAAAGGUGGACGAAGGAAUACUUCCCUACUCUCAACAGGAGAACCAAAUGGCUGAACGAAGUAAGAUCCCUGAAGGUCGGAGAUGUCGUCUACGUAACGGAAGGUAAAAGAAGGUCAUGGAGUAGAGGCAUAGUUGAAGAAGUCAUCUGCGGCAAGGAUGGCAGGAUACGACAAGCGAUCGUGCGUACGUCAUCAGUCGGGAUACCUGAACUAGUAGGUACCGAACUUCAUUUCAUCAUUUUCGCGGUCAGCAUCCGCCGACUUGACUGCGACUGCACCAACAACCCCCCGCUGGGAGCAAACCAUGGAGGAACCAUGUUGCAGCGGAAGGAAACGAGCGUGCGCUAG